CACUGGCAAACCAUGUUUGACCAACUUCCUGACCAAAAUGGCUGAACUUUAUCCCGUCAUAAGAAGCCUAUUUCUAUCUGAACGUUCCAACACGUUGGGUCCUACUGAACGCGCCCCAGCACAGGCCCUGCCCUGUACAUUCAGCAACAACACAAGACAAGACAAGGGAAGGGAGACGAGAGCACUCCUUGACGGGAUCCCCGACAUAGAUUGGAAGGCAAGCUGGGUGACAUAAUGAUGUUGCUGGGAGAAGCAGCACUCCCACGGGUUGGGGUUGACAGCUGGGGUUUAUUCAUUACAACAAGUCUUUUGCAAAACGUUUAUUAAACGGACGCAAAUGUAACGUGGAGGGCCCUACCUGCGUUUGUCCAAUAGAAACUCUCGUUUUAGUUGCAAAACAUUUUGUUUUGGACUCAUGAUUACAGCCCUGAUGUGAGGAGUCCCAUUUCAUACAUCGCAUGGAGAACAGUUGUUCGGUUCAGCAGUGAUGCCACACCGAAUUGGACCAUAUUCAGAAUAAUCGGAUGCUCCAGAUUGAAGCAGUGGAUGGUUUGGAAUUGAGAUUUGAUGCCUGCAUUCUAUGAGUUUUUUUUAGUGCUCUGACAUUUGCCUUUUGACAUGCACUCAACAAAUUUGUUUCUUACAGGGCUAAUCAAGGCUCCAAGAAUGAAUGUUUUUUAAACUUAUUGCAUAGUUCAAAGUUGUUGGAGGAGCUUUGUUAAGUUGUUAGUUUAGUUGGCUUUGAGUUGCCAACUUGUUCCAGCACUGUAGCCUACGACUGCAAACAAAGGAAAAUAGGUUUUCUUAUCCUGUGAUCGGAUCUACUGUAGUUAUAAAAUUCCACUUCAUGUUAAGUAAAAAAAAAUGUGUUCAUGGAUAACAUUUGGUAGUACGCAAUGUAUAGACCAAUACUUUAAUCUUUCACCUCCGUGGUCAAUACUCAUGGAGUCAGUAUCACAUUGACAGGACUUACUGAUUUAACAAAUCGAAAUGACCUGAAUGUGUGCCUUUGAACUUUUAUGCAAUCUUCUACGAAAUCACCACUGGCCAACCAUGUUAUUUAGAUAAUUUGGUGAUCAACAACUGAUCAGACUAUUUUCUUAAAAACGUAUGGGAACAAACACCUAAAUAGACUACCAAAACGUCAAAUAAUAUGCAGCGUCUGUUCCACGGCGCCGACACGAGUUUGCCUGCAGCGGAGUGGAAGCGCUCAUAGCUGGACCACCAUUCUUUCCAAAAGGCGCGACCUACAGGAUUCUUUUACCUCAUCGUGGAACGAGUUGCGGUCGGCAGGCAUGUUCGCCGCAGUGGAGCAUGGCCCCGUCCUGUGCAGCGACUCCAACAUACUCUGCCUGUCAUGGAAGGGCCGGGUACCCAAGAGCGAGAAGGAGAAGCCGGUGUGCCGGCGGCGCUACUAUGAGGAGGGCUGGCUUGCCACAGGGAAUGGGAGAGGGGUUGUCGGGGUAACGUUCACAUCCAGCCACUGCAGAAGGGAUCGGACUACCCCACAGAGGAUCAACUUCAACCUGAGAGGACACAAUAGUGAGGUGGUGCUGGUGCGAUGGAAUGAGCCCUUUCAGAAGCUGGCCACUUGUGACACAGACGGAGGGAUCUUUGUGUGGAUCCAGUACGAGGGCCGCUGGUCUGUGGAGCUGGUCAACGAUCGCGGGGCUCAGGUGAGUGACUUCACCUGGUCUCAUGAUGGUACCCAGGCUCUCAUCUCUUACCGUGAUGGCUUUGUCCUGGUGGGCUCGGUCAGCGGCCAGAGACACUGGUCAUCAGAGAUCAACCUGGAGAGCCAGAUCACCUGUGGUAUCUGGACCCCCGAUGACCAGCAGGUAUUGUUUGGUACUGCGGACGGCCAGGUGAUCGUGAUGGACUGCCACGGGCGCAUGCUGGCCCACAUCCUGCUGCACGAGUCAGACGGCAUUGUCAGCAUGUCAUGGAACUACCCCAGCUUCCUGGUGGAGGACAGCAGCGAGAGCGACACAGACUCUGACGACUACACACCACCACAAGUCCAACGUUUGAAGCAUCUGCUGACAGUCAGCUUCACCUCUGGAGACAUCAGCCUGAUGAACAACUAUGAUGACCUCUCUCCCACUCUAAUCCACACUGGCCUAAAAGAUGUGGUAGUCCAAUGGUGUUCUCAGGGGGAUCUCCUGGCCGUGGCUGGGAUGGAGAGAGCUAUCUUGCCCCCCGACUCCUCCUGUCUACCUCCCACCAGAAACGCCAUCGUCAAGUUCUACAACGUCUGCGGAGAGCACAUCUACACACUGGACACGCCUGCACAACGUCCCAUCACCACGCUGUGCUGGGGUCACCGGGACUCUCGUCUGUUCUUGGCUUGUGGUCCGGUACUCUACGUGGUGCGGGUGGAGCACCGGGUGGCCAGCCUGCAGCUGCUGUGCCAGCAGGGCAUCGCCGGGGCGCUCCGGGAGGAGAAGGACGUGGCAAAGCUCACCAUGCCCUCUCGUCUCUGUUCUUACGUCACCACAGCCUUCACACCCACCAUCAAGCCCCCCAUUCCAGACCCCAACAAUAUGCGUGACUUUGUGAGUUACCCGACGGCGGGGAACGAGCGGCUGCACUGCACCAUGAAGCGGACGGAGGACAACCCUGAGGUGGGCGGGCCCUGCUACACCCUCUACCUGGAGUACCUGGGCGGCUUGGUGCCCAUUCUCAAGGGCCGACGCAUCAGCAAGCUCCGUCCCGAGUUCGUGAUCAUGGACCCCAAGACGGACGGCAAAGCAGAUGAGGUGUAUGGGAACAGUCUGAUCUCGUCGAUGAUAGACAGCUGUAACUGUUCAGACUCCAGUGAUAUAGAGCUGAGUGACGACUGGGUCGGCAAGAAAUCCCCAAAGAUAUCCAGAGGCAGCAAGUCUCCCAAACUUCCCAGGAUCAAUAUUGACCCCAGGAAGUCCCCCAAACUGUCCCGCGCUACCCAGGAGAUCUCGCGGUCGCCACGGUUACCCAUCCGGAAGCCGUCCAUUGGGUCCCCAAGUCUCACCCGCAGAGAGUUCCCCUUAGAUGACAUCACACAGCAUAACUACCUUGCUCAGGUCACAUCCAACAUUUGGGGAACAAAGUUUAAGAUUGUGGGACUUGCCACCUUCUUGCCAACCAAUCUUGGUGCAGUGAUCUACAAGACAAGUCUGCUCCACCUGCAGCCCAGACAGAUGACCAUCUACCUGCCGGAGGUGCGUAAGAUCUCUAUGGACUACAUCAACCUGCCUGUGUUCAGCCCCAACGUCUUCAGUGAGGAUGAGGAUGACCUGCCUGUCACCGGGGCCUCGGGUGUGGCCGACGACAACCCUCCCUGCACUGUCAACAUCCCCAUUGCCCCCAUCCACAGUCCCGCCCAGGCCAUGUCCCCCACCCAGAGCAUCGGCCUGGUCCAGUCCCUCCUAGCCAAUCAGAACGUCCAGCUGGAUGUCCUAUCCAAACCCACGGCCAUCUCCUCCGUGGCUUCUGCAGCGGCAGGGGGGUCACCUGACCAGGGCCAGGACACCAUCCUGACCGCCCAGUACACGGUUCCCAGCAGGUACUCCAGUCCUGGACAGGUCAUCUUUGGAGGGCUGGAGAUGAGCCGGCUUCUGGUUGGGCCUCCUCCCUCUCAUCAUCACCACCAACAACAACAACAAAGCCAUCCACAGAGCCAUCAACAACCACUGCAGGUCAGCGUAGAACAUGAGCACCUGCUGAAGAUCAAACCCACCCGCUCUGCCCCCCAGCUGGCUGAGGGGGACACGGUGGUGUUCAGCGCCCCUCUGGAGCUCAGCAAGAUGAACCCCCCGCCCCCCUACCCUGGGACGGUGGCCGCUGCUGCAGCCUCCGCCUCUGCUGCAGCAGCCAACGCCUCCUCUGGACAGGCUGGGGGAAGUAACGGCACACCGCCGCCAAUGGACCUGUGCCUGAAGAAGGGCGAGUUCUCCCUGUAUCCUCCUGGCCAGCAGGCGGCACAGUACCCAACGCCGCUAGGCUACGAGCGGAUAACUACGUUCGACAGCAGGGGUAACGUGGAAGAGGUGUGCCGGCCUCGAACGCGGCUUGUCUGCAACCAGAACAUUUACACGCUCCAGGUCCCGGGAAGCUCAGCCACCCUCCGGGUUACCUCCUCUUCUUCCUCAACAGACGGGAAGAAGAUCCAGCUGCCCUACGCCUCGGCAACCCUCAACAGGCUCACCGUUCCCCGCUAUUCCAUACCCAGUGGAGAUCCGCCCCCCUACCCCGACACAGCCAAUCAGAACACCACAGGGGGGAGGAGCACCGGACAGAGGCUGGACAGCAGUCUGAUUCAUGCCACACUCAGGCGGAACAGCCGAGAGGCCGCUCUCAAAGUUUCCCAGAUGCUGGACCCUCAGAGGACCCUGCCCCCUAAAGCCAAAUCCCAAAACGCUGCACUGGCGGCUUCCUACCAACAGAGGGUGCCCAAAGCCCUGUACACCUGCAGUCAGUGCAGUAGUAACAGCAGUGGGCUUAGCAGUGCAGCCAGCAGUGCUCCCAGUGGAACUGCGAAUGGAAUCGCAGGAGGUACAAUCAUUAGACAGGAUUUUCCUCCGGGGAAUGGAGCUCCUCACAGCACGGUGAUCGUCCACUCCAACAGCGCUUCUCCCCUAGUCUCUCAAUCCUCCUACAACCUGCUGAGCCUAGAUAGCUCUGGGAAUGGAGGAGGAGGUGGGAACAGAGACAGGGCUGACUAUGUGAACUCAGCCUUCACAGAGGAUGAAGCACUAAGUCAGUCAUUGAGGCAUCUGGCACUAGGGAGCGCAGAUGUGUCUGGACUGACAGUCAAGAGGCCACCGCCGUACCAGUGGGACCCAGCCACCACUGAGGAGGUGUGGGUGCCCCAGGAACGGACCGGUACUAUGAGCUCUGCUGGUCCCACUGGACCCCACAAACCACCCCCGCUCAUCCUCAGCCCAGCCCAGCACCUCGACAUCUCCCGGCUGCCUUUCAUCCUCUCCCCCAAGUCCCCCACCAGCCCCAGUGCUGCCUCUUUCCAGGCUGCCGCUGCAGCUGCAGGUUACCAGAUCUCCCUUCAGUACGCUCCUGGCACAACCUACAGUGGGCCCCAGCAGCAGCCCAUGCCAGGCUCUCCCCGUCUCUGCUCCCCUAAGGAGGUGRUGGCCCCGGUCCCUUUCAACCAGCAGGAUGCCACCCUGGUCCUACCACCUGGCUAUCCAGCCAACCUGUCUAACCUGGCCUGCUGCCCCCUCCCUCCAAUGUACCCGGGGGGAAGCUCCUGUGCCGGGCUCCCCAUCCCCCCCAUUGCCCUACACACCCCCUGGGGCACCUACAACCCCUGCCCCCCCAUGCCCAGCCCCUCGGGGCACUGCCCCCCAUGCCCCCCAAGCUCUCAGACGAUGGUGGACAAGUCAGUCCUCUCUCCCCCUCCUCCCCCACCGCCUCCCCCUCCACCACCCCCAGCAGAGCUGCAGCUGCAGGGUCACGGUGGCUCACCAGAGGCCAUGGCAAUGGAGGCCGGAGAGGGCUUCCAGGAGGUCCUCUCCCUCAACGAGAGCCCUGUGCCGAGCAGUGCUGAGAAGUUUGGCAAGAAGAACCGCAAGCGGGCAGAUGGCAGGGUUGAGGAGGCCAAUGCACCGGCCAUCGCCGAGGGAGGCAAAUCCAAGAAGGAAGGCCGGGCCCUGGGUGACUUCAACUCUCUGAUCUCCAGCCCGCGGCUGGGCAGCAGGGAAAAGAAGAAGCCCAAAGGCCAGAAGGAGCAGCAGCUGAAGGCUAAGAAGCUGAGCAAGGCUCCCACAAACAGCGAAUUCCAGGACAGCUCAGAGAGUGAACCUGAGCUCUUCAUCAGCGGGGACGAGCUGCUCAACCAGUGCCAGAGCGGCAAGAAGGGCUGGAAGAGCAAGAGGAGCCUACGGGCGGCCAGCGAGCUAGAGGAGAUCAAGUGCCGCAAGGCCAAUGAGAAGGAGGACCGCGGGCUGGGAAGCCAGGGCUUUGUUUAUGUGAUGGCCAACAAGCAACCACUGUGGAAUGAGGCCACUCAGGUCUACCAGCUGGACUUUGGGGGACGUGUCACACAGGAGUCRGCCAAGAACUUCCAGAUCGAACUGGAGGGGAGACAGGUGAUGCAGUUUGGCAGGAUUGACGGCAACGCCUACAUCCUGGACUUCCAGUACCCGUUCUCUGCUGUUCAAGCCUUCGCAGUGGCUCUAGCUAAUGUUACUCAACGCCUCAAAUGAGGUCCCACCCCCUUACACUGAAUACUAGCGAGGAUCGGAACAUCUGCUGGAAGGACAAGAUUAUUUAAUUUGAAGUUACUUUAAUAUUGGAGGAAAGACUGAAAUCAACUCUGUUUGCAUAUCGCAUCGCAAGCGAGAAAACGAGACACUGUGGUGCUGCACUGCCCAAUGUGGCCACCAGAGGGUGCAAUAAGCAUGGGCUGCAGGCGUUGGAGCAGGGCCAUAGUUUGCCUUGGCACAGUCAGCGGUCCCCUGUACUGCUUACAGGGCCCAAGAGCUCAGCUUUCUGUAGUCGUCAUGCAAAUAAAUGCUGCUUUAGCUAAUGAAAGCUAGCUAGUGGAAAGACUUAACUUACAACCUUCUAACGGUUUGGGUUUCCUGUCGGUAUGGUCCCGAGAGAUGAGUCGUUCUCUCUGUGCGGUUUUAAAAAGGAGCAGCAGUAAUACUUGAAAAAACUAUCUGGAAGAUUGAAGAUGUCGUUUUUUUCUUUCCAGAGCGUACAGGUACUACUGGGCACUGAAAUCCGUUGCUGUAAGAAACCGUUAUCAUCACUUUAUAACACUGCUUUGGCUUUUAGGUUUUUACACCUAAAGAUCUAACUUUCUGGGGGGGAAAUCUAGGCUUUUGAAAUGUUAUUUUUUAGUUAUCUGCCAUGUGUUUUGUUACAAUCCAAAUCUAUCUUGGCUGGAUUUGAGGUUUCAAUAUAUGCAUUGUAUUGUUGGAGCACUAGCACACGCAAAUGCGCAAGUUUUCUGAUUUCCCUGUUGUCAGGAACUCUGGAGAGGUAAGGGGGAAAAAAGAUGUAAGCUGAACGGCAGUCCUUGGAAUUUGAAGGAAAAAAAGAUGAUGUAGCUCAUAUGGUUUAAUGUAUCUCUGCAUUUGUUUUUCCUCUUGUUACGAAUAGGUCAUACAGUAUUCAGAUAUGAAUUUUAACAUUGUAAUUGUUCUUCGUAUUCAUGUUGUUAUUAUACAAUCUUAGUACCUUGUUUACAUGGAUUUCAAGAUGUCUGCUUUAUUUGGGAGAGACAGAGACUUAAUUGAUAUGCUGUUCUGUACACUACAAAAUCGGUGUGUUUUAAAAUGGUUUUACAGAAUAGUUGUGACCGUUAUCCUGUAUCUCCCAUUUUUAUCAUGGUGACAUGUUGACGGGGACACAAACAAAGAUCCUAGAGGUAAGAGUUCACCAAUCCGACCUUUGUUUCCCUGACAUGAAGUAAUUUGUCACUUGCUGUCACUUCUGUGAAGUGAGCGUCAGCGUGUAGGCUUGUCUACUCUUAAGCCCACACUAAAUGAGUAAGCAAGGUACAGGAAAUAUUUUUGUAUAUUUCACCUAUGCCAUUUCAUUAUUAUUAUUAUUAUUAUUAUAAUUUUUAAGUCAUGUAAAUAACUGCCACAUAUCAUUCAUAAAUAUUGUAAAAUCAUCUGGUGGAGUUGGACAGCUGUUUUCAUCGUAGCCCACUGUAUGUUCAAUAUUAUGGCGGAGAGCUGUAAUACAGUAGUAGAACUAUAGAAAUACACUACAAUCCCUGAGAAACCUGACAUCUUUCAGUUUUUGAAGUUAACCUCAGCUUUCUCCUUAAUUAUCUUAACCUGUUAGAACUUGGCAAGCUGAAAUUGCAAUCUUUUAAGAUGACUAGUUUUUGUUAGACAUCCAGGCUUGGGUGUGUGCCAAAAAAAAAUGAAUUACUACAAUUUGGAAGAUUAAUACAAAGGGGCCUAGAUCACUUGUGUGACAGAGAGAGAUCACUCCGGACCAGAUCCACACAUCAUGGUCUUGACAGCAAUGAGAUUAUUAGAUUAGAUUUUUCUUUCUUCCUCUGAGCUGCAUGUGAUAGUUGUUGGUUGGGGUGGGAUUAAGAUGGACCUGAUUCAAAGAAAAGAAAAUUUCUUAAAAAUGUUCAUUUUGUGUUAACAAUUUUGUUGUGCAAUAUUUUCUAAAGAAAGGUCCUCCCCUCACCAACACUGUUUGACAACCCUUCACUUUCACACUAGUAGUGUGGGGAAACUAUGGUAUUCAAUUUAUUUUUGCUGGUCUACAUUUUAUUUAUUAGAUUUGUUUUCUUACGCUAAAGGCUGUAUAUAACUUGUUGACUUUGCUGAACAUUUCUUUCUGUUGAAAGGGGUUUGUUACUGGUGUAGCCUAUUUGUCAGAGGGGGGGUGGGAGGGGGGGGUGGGCAAGUAGGGGAGAGGCAACUUUUCAUUCUGUGUUCUGUGAAGUUUGCAGUGGAUGGGAGAAGAUCUGAAUAAGUGCCCUGUCCUUGAGUGUAGUUGGUAGUAGUCAUUAAGGAAGUAUGUGUCAAGUGUGUUCAAUUGUGAGGUCAACCGAUCCCAUAAGUGUUAUCUAUGUUAACUUCUUCAGUGUGUGUAUUUCCACCAAUUCUCCCCCUCUAGAAAGYUAAACCUUUUUCACUCCGUUAAGCGUUUUAUGUUUUUGUUUAUUCUCACCAUGCAAUGGAAAUCUACACAUUCAUGAUGUUGACUGACUGGUCAAUUUUGAUUGUGUAUUAUUUCAAUACAACUCACACAUCAGUCCACAUGACAUGACCGUUUGGAUAAGCCACUGAAAACAUGUACAAAUCUCCCUUGGACACUGGUUUAGGAUUCUCAAUGAAUUCAUUUGAGGUGGUAACCUGUAGUAGACAUUGUAGGAUUUGGCUUUUCGUUUGAUCAGAAAUGUGCUUUGUACAUGUAGUUGUAGACAUAUAUAGGAAAAAAAACUUGAAAAAAUCUGAGUGAUUUGGUGACUGAAUGUUUAUAGUGAACGGUAGUAAGGCAUGCCAUGUUAAUUAUUUUACAAUUGUAUAUGUCACGCAUCUUUUGAAUAAAAUGUCAUUGUUUCAGA